CAACAGACCGAGACUCCCUCUCAAAAAAAAGAAAGAUUAGUGCAAGAACUGGAUUGGGGAUUGGGAGAAGGAGGGAGACCAGUUAGGAGGUUGUUUCAGUAGUGGGGAAGGAUUAUGGUAGCAUAAAGCAUGGAGUGGCAGCUGAAAUGGAAAGGGCAGAAUGAAUUCCUUAGACACCUACAGCAAGAAAAAACUGGACUUGGUUACUGAUUGGGUAUGGGGAAGUAAGGGAAAUGAAGGAUGACUUCUAGAUUCCUGGUUUGGGCAAACAGGAAGGAGAGGAAGCAGGGUUUUUAGGAGAGGGUCAGCUCUGGGCAUGGUGAGCUUGAGGUGCCAAUGGAACAUCCAAGUGGAGGUAUCCAGAAGGCCAUUGGAUAUGCCUAACUGGAGUUCGCCAGAUAAGUCUAACUCGAAGUUGCAAUGUGGGAGUCUUUGGGGCCUUAUAGAUGCCAGCCACACCAAUAGAUUUGUUGAGCUUGCCCAGGGAGUAAGUGUAGAGUCGGAAGAGACCUAGGACAGAACCCUGAGAAACACCCAAGUUUUGAGGGUCUGGCAAAGGAAGAGGAACCUGCAAAGGUAAUCAAGAUGAAGUGUCCAAAAUGGUAAGAAGAUCAGUAGUAGAAUGUGGUGUUUCAGAAGCCAAGGAAGGAAAAUGUUGAAGGCUUAUGACUAAUCAAGUAAAAUGAAGCCUGAAAGAAUCCACUGGAUGUAGAAACAAGGAAGUUGUUGGUGACCUUUGCAAGUACAGUUUCAGUGGAGUGAUGGGAGCAGAGGUCAAAUUACAGCGGUUUGAGACGCAGAUGGGAUUGAGGAAGUGAAGAUUCAUGUAAGAUACAUUUUCAGAAAGCUUGGCUAUUUAGAAGAAAAAUAAGGCAAUAGCCAGAAGGAAACGCAGGUUUUUAUUUGGAUGGGAGAAACGUUGGUGUAGAUCCAGCAAGAGGGGAAAAGGUAAAAAAAAUUAUAAGGGAAAGAAGAUAACUGAGAAUGGUGCCCCUGAAAAAAAGGCUUCACCAAAGUGUUGGUGAAGAAAUUCACUUAGAAGGGUGGAGGAAUAUUUGUUUUGUGGCAGAAGGGAAGCAUUAUGUUGAGGGUUAAUUGGUAGUUUUCGUGACAGGAAGUUGAGGUAAUUCUUCUUUGAUGGUUUCCAUUUUCUCUGUCAUAUAAGAACAUGAUAUCAGCCAGUGAGAGUGGGAUUGGAGAUAGUGUGCGAGAUUGAAAAGAGCAGAGAAAGAUUGAAAUAUCAGCAGUGGAGAGUGGCAGUGAGAUGACUAAGGUAGCAAACAGAUUUCUGGGCAGUUAUGAUGGCCCUGUUGAGGUUAGUGACUGUCAAUUUUCAAGAGCAGCGGUCUGCAAGGUUAUGUAAUAUGCAUUUUUCCCUCAACAACAUUCAGCCACCUAGUGGUGGGUACAGAGAGAUUAGUUUAAUUGAUCUAGGUUUGAGUUUUACCGGGCGGAUAGAUGGAAGGACAAAGGACCAGGAAGUUGAAGAUUGUGGCAAAACAGUGAUUGAAAGAAGGACUUUAGUAUCUAAACUGGAUAGGAGAGUGAAAAAGAAUGUAUGGACUAGAGGUCCCAGUGAAGUCAGAGAAUCCGUAUCUGAGAUCAUUGAAUGAGAAAGUUGUGAACAGAAAGUGGAAGAAUGAAGUUUGAGUAGUUUCCGGUGAUGACAAGGUCCAGGGUGUGGCCGUGGGAGUCAGGGGCCAAAGUGGAGUACAGGAGACACUCAGGAUGCUGACGUGGCCACUGAACUCCCCCUGGAUGAUAGGAAGACUUGAGGGGAGGGAAGGGAAGAGGAUGCCUGUGAGCUAGGUACCAGUCUUUGAUGGGUAGAGCGAGUUUUUCUGGAGUCUCUAGGUGACAGCAUGAGGAGGGGCAAAGGCUGAGACAGCUAAAUGGUAUGACCCUUGAAGUAGUAAGGGCUUUUACAAGAAGGAGGUGGAAUAAGGAACUGAGUUGGGCUUUGGCAAGGAGACAUGAGGCCCCCUCCUAACCGUGAAAUCCUGGGGGUGUAAGAGUCUAAACAGCUUCUACCAGGAGGGCCUUGCAGAAGGGGAGCCCUGGCGUAGAGCCAGCUUUGGAUGCAGGCUGGAGGUGGGCGGGUGACGGGAGAGGCUGAGAAUGGAGGAGACUUAGCUGAUUGGGAAGAAGGGUUUUCAAGAGCAGAGUAAAAAGGUUGGGAAGGGAAGGAAGGCUGGGAAAUGGGUCAAGGAAGAUGAAGCAUAGAGCAGUGAAGGGGCGAGGAGAGUGUGGUUCACCUCGCCAGUUACAUGUUGUGGAGAGAGGAUGAGAGAUGAUGAAGGUCCUUGGAGCGGGGUUGGAGGCAGAAGUGAGUCUGGGGAGAAGAAGAGUGGGGGCUGUGGAUAGGGAUGAAGCAAGUAGGGAGAAGAUGAAGGCAGAGGAUUUCAUAGGAAGGAGAUGAGGGAAAGGAGUUCCUGUGGGGAGAGGAUGGAGAAAAUGGACAGAUGUGGGGAAAAUAUGGGGGCAGAUUGGAGUCUACCAGGAAGUGAUGGGUAGCAGGGGUAGGGGUGUCUGUCAGGGUAUGAGUGGGGAGCAGAAGAGGGUCCGCGAGAAGGAAGUGACAAAUUGAAGUGCAUAUGCCCCUGGGAGAGAAGUAAGGACACCUUGUUUGGAAGUUUGAGGAGAUAAUGUUUCUCUCUCCCUGUCUCUGAAUGGAGAACUAAGAGUGAGGAGUCAGGGAUGGGAGCCCAAGGAGAAGGCCUGUCUCAUUCUGCAUGUGAAACCUACAGGAAUAGGAGACAGUGACUCGCUUGUUGUCUCCAAGGCCAUUUGGGGACAGUGAGCCAGGCUGGCAGCCCAUGCCUUGGAGGCCUCUCGCGUUCAGAAGGUGUCUUUUGAUUUCAGGGGGUUGGGGAAGCCCUCUGGGAAAUUUUAUUUAGAAACAAGACCUAUUGACCUCUUGAUUUUUAAUACCUCCCCUUCGCUUGUUGCUAAGGACCUUUGGCUUAGCGUGAGAGCUGGGGCUUUUGAGAUUGUGUGAUUUUAGUUUCCUUGCAUGAAGAAGAACCAUUUGGCCACUAUAGAAAUGAUUUAUGGAUGAGUCCAGAUUUAUUAAUCACCUCUGAAGGUGGAGAGGAAAUUAAAAACAAAGAGUCCAGUCUGGGCUGAAGACAAAGUAGGUCUGUCAUCCUUGCAGAAGACGUUGCCAAGGUUAGAAGGCCACGAACAAACCAAUUUGGACCGAGGUUCCUAAUCUGGAUUUUUAAUUUUGCGUGCUUGAUUUUUCGCACCAUUUUCUCUCCGAGGUAAAAUAAUGACUAUUUUAAUUGGCUGCCACUUACAGAGAGAUCCCAAUAAGCAUGAUGGCAUACAUAUAUUUUUCUCUGGCAUUCCAUGCGUGCUCCAGUUCUUAUGACCAGGCUGGUGAAGCUGACUCUUACUGCAUGCUGCGUGCCAUGAUCAGUUGACUCUAAAUUAAAUCCUCUUUUCCAAAAGCCAUUUUCCAUUAGUGCUAAUUUGUUUGCUUCUCAUUUCCACUGAUCAUUAGAGUCUCUGGUUGUGAGCACCAAAUUGGAAAUAAUUUCUUUGACAUUUCAAAAAAAUUUCUCCCCUCCUUGAAUGCCAUUUGGCUGCAGCUAAAUAACAUUAUGGUUUGCAGAAGAACAGUUCACUCCAAUUACAAUUUAACUGACCGCUCAUGGCACUGAAUCCCUGUCCGUAGUGUCCAAAGAUGACACCGCUGCUGACACUGCUAUUUCCUGUCAUAGCUGUAAAACACCUCAUAGACUUUGCACUGGCCUUCUUGGAUGGAGAUUCUGCCACUCCGCACAUGGCAGCUUUGGGAAGUUGGUAGUUUUAUGGACCUGCAUAUCAUGGACAUUCAGAUCUAACCAUCUCAACAGGAGCUGGCUGAUUUCUUCACACAUUCACUCAGUGAGCCUUUAUUCAACAUCUGUUUUGUGCCAAGCAUUAUGCCAGGCCCUAAGGACACAGAGACAGGGAAGACCAACUCCUGCCCUUGAGGAACUCACACUCUAGUGGGAAGGAUGGGUUGGUCUGCAGUCAUUCACCUGGUUCUUAAGUCCAGCUAGAUUUCGUGGUUGUCUCCAUCCCAGAGGCUGCGUGGACGCCCUUCUGGAAGCACACAUCCCAUGUCCUCUGGGGAGCAGUAGAGCCAACUUCAGGACUGAUUGAUCAUGACUUCUAUAAAGGAACAGGCAGCAAUUAGCAGGCUCUUAAGUUUUUUACAGGAGUGGGACAAUGCUGGGAAAGUCGCAAGGAGUCACAUCCUUGACAAAUUUAUUGAAACCAACCGAGGCAAGACUGCCCCUGAACUGGAGCAGGAGUUUUCCCAGGGAGCCAGUUUGUUCCUGGUACGCUUGACCACCUCGCUUAGAAUCACCUAUGUCACUGACUCAUGUUUAGAAAAGCUUCUCAGGUCCAUUGGCAUCUUCUUAUCAGCUGUAAGCAGUAAUCGGUACCUUAUAGAAUUUCUUGAGGUUGGAGGUGUCCUGACACUCUUGGAAAUACUUGGGCUGGAGAAGAUCAAGGAGGAGGCCAAGAAGGAAUCUGUCAAACUACUUCAGGUUAUUGCAAACUCUGGCAGGACGUACAAGGAGCUCAUUUGUGAAAGCUAUGGUGUACGAUCCAUAGCAGAAUUUUUGGCAAAGUCUAAGUCAGAAGAGACCCAGGAGGAAGUGCAGGUUCUGUUGGAUUCUUUGGUCCACGGCAAUCCCAAGUACCAAAAUCAAGUGUAUAAAGGUCUAAUAGCUUUGCUGCCCUGCGAGUCCCCCAAAGCCCAGCAGCUGUCCCUGCAGACUAUCAGGACUGCCCAGUCAAUCAUUGGGACCACACACCCCAGCAUCGUCGACUGCGUGCUGAAGGUGCUGGGCACGAUGCACCUGGAAGUCCAGUAUGAAGCCAUCGAGUUGAUCAAGGACCUCGUGGGUUACGAUGUGCGCCAGGCGCUGCUCAAGGGCCUCGUGGCGCUGCUGAUACCGUCGGUCAAGGAGACCUCCAAAUUGCAGGCCAAGAUCCUCAGUGGUAGGGACCUGCUCAGAUGGGGCUGCCUGGGCCAAGGGAGGGGGGUCUCCUGCCUCACGGCCGCCCCCUCCUCAGACCCCUCAGUUCUCCAGCUCGCCCCCAGCCUGCCGAUGUUUUUGCAGCAGGCCGCGGCCGCCAAGGCCAUCGGGGUCCUGGCACGCAACGACAUGAGCAUCGCCGAGGAGCUGCUGUACCUGCACGUGGUGCACGGCCUAAUGGCCGCCAUGGGCAACAUGGACCACAGCAACAGCCAGCGGCUGGCCAGCCUCACGCUGGAGUGCUUCGUGCAGAUGUUCCCGUUGGUAGCGGAGCACGUGCGCAAGGGCAUGGGAGAGGAACUCUACCAGCUCUUCCUGAGCAACGCUGAGGACUUGUACAUGAAAUUAGACAGCAUUCAGGCGGACAUCUUGGCGGCCAACAAAGUCAAUAUUACCAAAGCCCUGCGCCUCCAUGGCGGCUCCUACAGCAUGAACAUUCUCUAUGGCUCGCAUGAUUCGGCUCAGAUGGCCUACCUCACACACUUCGAGAAGGAGGAUGUGGAAUCAAAGGAGUAACAACCCCUGUGGCAAACCAGGAAGGCCAAGGCUGCGGGGCAGGGAAGCCUGGCAAGAGGAAGGCGUCUGGGGUCAAGCUCAGAGCCACUCCACUUGGCUCCAGGGGGGGAGACGGGGAUUAGGCACCCCGGAAGGGCAGAGGGAGAACCGCUGGCUGUGAAGAGUCAAUAAACAGCCUUGAUACCUGUC